UAAAUGUAAAGAACAUCUAAAAUUUAAUUAAAUUGCUCAAAUAAGCAUACUCAACCAGCUAUUAUGGUGUCUUUAGAUCCAAAACUAACCAUGAAUAAAAGGUUAUCAUGCCCAGAAUGUCUAAAAAAUGAAUAGGAUAAUUAAAAUGGAAUGAUAAGCCUUGAAUCUGCUGAAAAAAUCAUUGAAGAUAACAAAGUAAUAAAUGGAGCAAAUUUAUAUUAAAAACAAUUAGAUAUUUUAGAAGGAAUAAAUUCAGAAUUCAAAUUGUUUCAAAACUAAAUGGAGAUAAUAUUUAAAUAACUUAAUUCUGAUUUAAUUCUUUGGGUUGAUUAGAUAAAGUAAAAAUUAAAUUGUAAAUCUUUUUUAGAAGAAAUAGAGGAGAUUAUCAAGAAUAGUAAAUAAUUUUAAAAUAUUUAUUAUUCUGAACUCAAUACUAUCACUAAUCAAUACUUUUAUAAAAUUAAAAAUUAAAUAUAAUGUUUUUAAACUUAUGCUUAAAAUAACAAAUUUUCAUAAUUAAUAGAAAGCAUGCAAAAAAUAUAUUAUUCUUAAUAUAAAGAAAAUUUUGAUAUUGAUUAUGAAGAUAAGUAUUAUGGAGGAUUAUCAGAUGAUGAUAGUGAUAGAGAAUCAAUUAUAAUUUAAGAAUUAAAUUGUACUUGUGAUAGUCAAAUUUGUUACGCAAUUGCUUUUGAUAGAACAGGAAAACUAAUUUUUUCAAGUGAAAAUGAAAAAUUGAAUAUUUGGAAAUUUGACUAAGGAAAGAUUAAUAAAAUAUCAUCUUUAGCUGCUCACAAAGAUAUCAUUACAUGUUUUGCUAUAAGUAAAAUACAAGACAGCUUCAUCUCAUCUAGUUAUGAUGGUUCAAUAAUUUGUUGGUAAAAAAAUAUUAAAGAAAAAUGGAUUAAAUCUGAAGCAUACACUAAACACAUAGGAAUUGUCGACUUUAUACUCUUAAAUAAAUAAGAAGAUAUUUUAAUGUCCUCAGGUUAAGAUAAGACAAUUAAAAUAUGGGAUGUUAGAUUUACUCAAAAUUCUUUAAAUUUUUUGUAUUAAUUAACAGAACAUCAUUAUGAAGUACAUUAAUUAAGUUUAAAUACUAAUGAAUAACUAUUGGCUUC